CGUCCCCUGUUCAAUCUCGCACGUCUGGUUUCCCAUGUCAAGACCCAGGUAAUCCUCCCCCCAUUGUCAAAACCUCAACCUCGGUAUUGUCCUUCCGUCCCCACGCUUACACCCCCUUCCCAAACCCCCAACACUCACAAUUUCAUACCUUAAACCCCCAAAACUCACAAUUUCAUACCUUAGUUUCCCAUUCAAAACCCCGGUAGAAAGGUUGACCGUAGUAUCGGAAAGGUAGCGGAAGGGACGGCGCUGGGGGGUUGAGCCUCGCGACCGGGUUUGGAUGAAGCGACCAGAUCUCUGAAUCCUUGUCAUGAAACCUGUACCCUUGCGCCGUAAUCGCCGGGGUGGAGGAUCGAUCCGCAUGUGGAUAUACUCGUAGUCCACAUGUCGGUUUAUUCUCUUCCACUUCUUCAUUCAUGGGGGGCUGCGCUCCGUCAUUUUGGCCAGAAGAUGAGGCAAACACUGCUCUUGCUGUUAUUCCCAGUCCCGUCGGUGACAAUGGCACUGCUUCUGCUGCUGGUAUCUCUGACAAGGAGGACAGAGAUGAUGAUGACGAUGAGGAUGAUGAUGAUGAGGAUGAUGAUGAUGAAGAGGAGGAGGAGGAAGAUGUUGACGAGCCUUCAGUCGGCAGCAACACCGAGGAUGAAGAUGAGGAAGAAGACCUUGCAACGAUCUUUGCGGUUGAUGACGAGAUCCUCGUUUCUGCAUGGCUAUGGUGGCUCAGCGUGGCUUUGCGGUCGCUAGAUAGCCAUGGCCAUGGCCAUGGCCAUUGGUUAUGGUUUAGACCGCAGGAAGACAUUGCGUUUCUGGAUGGCUAUCGCGACUCUUGCAAUCUUCCCGAGGAGAAUUCACUCGAGUCGUAGAGGAGUAAGCGAUCAUACGUAGAGUUCUCACCCUCGAGCACAGCUUCCACAGUACAGUUGUUAUGUGAGCCGUCUCGUGCGUGCCUGCCUCCAACCUGCUUGGCAAUCGCGCUGCUCGCUACAGAAAAAUCGAGCAAGCUUCUGAGAUAGAGUUGUCAUGUGAAGCCGUAAUGGCGGGUGUGCAUCUUGGAUCAUUUCCUGAAAGGCAAAAGCCAAAGAAGGAAAACAAAAGAAUCAUGCGUCA